CAUAUUUCCUCUAACUAAAAUUGUUCAGGAUAAUGUCGAAGGUUGCGGAGAAAAAGAUCAUCAUCGAAAAAAUUGCAAAAGUGCGCGAAGUUGUGCAUGGUGUCAGUACUAAUGACAUUGUUCUGGCUUUGCACUCCUUCGACAUGAAUGUGGAGCGGACUAUUCAAGCUUUUUGUGAAGCAGGUGGAGCGUCCGAAGUGCUGGAUGACUGGGUUCGCCCAACAAGUGGUUCAUCCAAGAACAAGAACAAGAAGAAGAAGAGUAAGCCAACGACAACGGAAACCACUCCUGCAGGAGCCGCCGUUUCUUCUACACCUUCUCCGUCAAAGGUGCCGAAGUCUUCAUCCCCUCAGGAAACUAAGCCUGUGGCUGCGCCUCCCACGUCAGAGCUGGAUAGCAAACCUUCCCCUCAGACCAAUGGGUACCUAAAUGAAGCUAAAACGCUUGAGGUGAAACCUCCAAGUAGCACUCCUACUGAACACAUCCAACAAACGUUCAAGGCUCUUCGUGCCGCUAUAACAGGACGUGAAAAGACUUUGUUGGCUGCUUGUGGAGCUAACUCGAAGUUUAUUGAUGCAGACUUCAAUCACCUAAUCUCGCUAAUUGAGAAAUUUGGUUCAGUUGUGGAAACUUCGCCACGCGGAACGUCAGCACCGGUAGCAGCUCCAACUGGUAUGCCAAAAGCGGUAUCUCCGGUUCAGGCAGCUGCUAUCAAGCAUGCUACCAGCCAGUCAAGCAUCUCGAGCUCACUUGGUGCAGACUCUGGUGUCAAUCUGAGUCCUACACAUAAAGACGAGAAGAAACCAGCACAGCCUGCAAAAGCAGCUCCAGUAGCGAAGAUUGUCAGUGGAGCGCAAAUUGGCUGA